UCAUUAUCAUCAUUCGAUACGGUCUAUUCGGCCGAUAGCGUCGAAUUCUGUCCUCAAGUAGGAUACCAAGAUAUCUUGGUAUGUGGGACUUAUCAAGUUCUCGAGCAAAUGAACGGUGAGGUGAUGCAGAAUGACCAAAGAGAAGUUGAUGGAGAUGAGAGUUAUCAAAACGAAAUGGAGAAAAGACAAACGGAGAGAAUUGGAAGAGUUUAUUUGUUUAGAGUGGUUGAUGAACGAUUAGUAGAAAUUCAGAGAAUAGAAACUUCCGCUGUGUUAGAUAUGAAAUGGGCUCCGAGAACAUCCGACGAACCUUUAUUAGCAAUAUCAGAUGCUAAAGGUUGUAUAACCUUUUAUUCUCUUCUUCCGUCAUAUCAACUAGUACUCAAAGAUCGAAUCCAAGUAUGUGAAAAAACUACAUUAUGUCUUUCACUCGAUUGGGCUCCAAGAGGUCUUUAUGAAGGGAAUCUCAUCGUUUCUCUCUCAUCAGGAAAAUUGGUCCUUCUCUCACCGUCAACUUUCGGGUUGAAUGGAAGUAAUUGGGAAAUGAACAUUUGGAAUGGUCAUGAUUAUGAACCUUGGAUUGUGAUUUUUGAUCAACAUGAUCCACAUACAGUAUGGAGUGGAGGGGAUGAUUUAUUUUUGAAAAAAUGGGAUUUGAGAGAUACUUCCCACCCGACAUUUAUCAGUAAAAGAUUUCCAGCAGGUAUAACGACUCUUUCUUCUUCCCCUCACAAUCGUUACCUCGCAGUGGGUUCAUACGAUGGUAUCAUAAGGAUUUAUCAAACUCAUCCUCAUUCCCCUCCGACAUUCUUGGCUGAAUUAGAUGUAGGAGGUGGGAUUUGGAGAGCUAGAUGGUUUCCUUUUCCACAAAGAAAGGAUUUGAUCUUGUUGGCUUGCAUGCAUGACGGAUUCAAGGUGGUUGAAUUUCAGGAUUCUAAGGAUCUGAGGAAUGGUGAUGUGGAGGAGGAUUCUGGAACGGGUGAUUAUGGUUUGAAAAUAGUUCGGAGAUUUGACCAACAUUCUUCGUUGGCUUAUGGAGUUGAUUGGUGUCGACUUUCUCCAACCAUCGAAGGAGAUAAUCUAGUUGCUAGUUGUUCAUUCUACGAUCAUAUGUUACAUCUUUGGAAAGGAUGA